GAUUCAGCAUUACAUUUCAUGGAGGGUAGGGAUGAUUUCCAGUCAAUCCUACCAUUUCUGCCUGUCAUUCUCCGAUCUUCCGCCGUCUUCUGGCCUCCAUCGGCGGUGGAAGCUCUCAAUUCCCUGUCCAAAGGCCCGAGUCACAGCAAUGUCAAUUCUGGUCAACUCCUUGUCCUGGCCCUUGCUGACCUGCGCAAUUCUGUUGGACUUCGCUCUCUCCAUCCCUCCGCUUCACUUGGAUUCUCUCUCUUCUUCGACGAUUUGAUGAAUAAGGACGAGGCUCAGAAGUGGUUUCAACAAGUGGUUCCACAACUUGCUGAUUUACUGUUGAGGUUACCAGCAUUGUUAGAUUACCAUUAUCAGAAUGUAGGUGCUUCCAACGGGACAGCAACCGGUCUUAGAUUAUUGCGAUCACAGCAGUCAGGCAUUGUCUUUCUUAGUCAGGAAUUGAUUGCAGCUCUUCUGGGUUGUGCUCUUUUUUGUUUGUUUCCAACUGCAAAUAGAGGCCCCAAACAUCUUCCACCUAUCAACUUUGAUGACUUAUUUGCUUCCUUUCCCUACAAUGUUGCUUACAAGCGUGAUUCCUCUGAGGUAAGACAGGUCUUUGAUGCUAUCUGUUCUUUUCCAGGUGUAUGCGCAAAGAUGCCUGCAGGAAAUGUCUCCUUUGAGCGCAAGGUUCUUCAUUUAAUGAACAGUCCAUCAGGCAUUGUCUACCCUGAGAAUGAUUACUGGAGCAAAUCUAAGGUUCCUCUCUGCCGAUUGGAGGUCCAAACUACUGGUUUAAUUGAAGAUCAGCCGAUGGAAGCUCUUGAAGUAGAUUUUGCAAAUAAAUACAUUGGCGGUGGUGCUCUCAGCCGAGGCUGUGUUCAGGAAGAAAUACGUUUCAUGAUCAACCCAGAAUUGAUUGUGAGCACACUUUUCCUACCCUCAAUGGCAGAUAACGAGGCUAUCGAGAUUGUUGGUGCCGAGAGAUUCUCGAGCUACACAGGUUAUGCCAACUCAUUCCGCUUUUCUGGAGAUUAUGUGGACCAAAAGAGUUUUGACACAAUGGAAAGGCGUAAGACGAGAAUAAUCGCAAUUGAUGCUCUUUGCAAUCCAGGAAAGAGACAAUAUAGACGUGAAUGCCUCCUUCGCGAAACAAAUAAGGCAUUCUGUGGCUUUCUUGACCAACAUAAAUCGACAAAUUAUAUUUUGAGCACAACAAACCAAGAAAACGAGGGACAAAUGCAUGAGAUUGGUGUUGCGACAGGUAAUUGGGGCUGUGGAGCGUUUGGGGGAGAUCCUCAAGUUAAAGCUAUAAUCCAAUGGUUGGCAGCUUCUCAAGCACAAAGGCCGUUUAUAUUAUACCACACGUUUAGUUUGGAGCCUUUACAGAAGCUCGAACGAGUGGUAGAGUGGAUUAUGUCUCAGGAAUGGACUGUUGGUGAACUUUGGAAUAUUUUGGUGGAGUAUUCGACUCACAGGUUGAGAGGGGAGACUACAAUUGGUCUCUUCAGAUGGCUUAUUCCAUCCUUGUAUAAUGACGAUGAUGAUGAUCCAAUGUCUGUUGAUGCACCUCACACUAAUUGAAUUUCUAUUUAAUUUUUCCUUUUGAUUUUGUCCUGAUGCUGGAUUUGUAGUUGCAGUUUAUCUUUUCAUUUAUUCUUUUCCUCGCCAACUAGUAGGAAAUAUAAAAAUGAAAAAUCCUUGUGACAUUUUAUUAUUUUGAAAGUAUCUAUUU